AUGGCCUUAUCCUUGUUCUCCUCCUCCUCGUCCGCCGCUUUCACUGUCGUGGCCUGCCCUGCGCGGUCGCCGCUGCCUCGAAGAUUGCCGCCUGCCGUGUGCUUCGCCCGCGCGGUUGAUACCGCGCCACGCGCCCCCUUGCCCUGCGCUACUUCUGCUUACCCUCCGCAACCCUUCGUCCCUGAGGUGGCUGAAGCAGUGGAAUCCUUGUAUUCCGAGUUCAGAGAGGUCGACAAUUUGGUGGCGCACAACUCUAUGCGGGUUCUGAAAGCUUUUCAGAACGCUGGAGUUGGAUCUCAUCAUUUCAAUGGAUGCACUGGCUAUGGUCAUGAUGAUGGUGGGGGCCGUGAAGCACUUGACUCUGUUUUUGCUGAAAUUGUUGGGGCAGAAUCAGCAAUAGUUCGUUCUCAGUUUUUCUCUGGCACACAUGCUAUUGCUUGUGCUUUGUUUGCUUUUCUGAGGCCUGGGAAUGAGCUUUUAGCAGUUGCUGGAACUCCUUAUGACACCUUAGAGGAAGUAAUUGGGAUUAGAGAAUCAUCUAUCACUGGAUCUCUGAAAGAUUUUGGAGUGACAUACCAUGAAGUUCCACUUGCAGAAGAUGGGGGCCUCGACUGGGAUGCUCUUUCUUUUGCUGUGAGACCCCACACUAAAUGUGCCUUAAUACAGAGGUCAUGCGGCUAUUCUUGGCGCCGAAGCUUGAGCAUAGCAGAUAUUGAAAGAGCUAUUAGAGUGAUAAAGAUGCAGAAACCAGAUUGCAUGGUCAUGGUGGAUAACUGCUAUGGUGAAUUUGUGGAAACAUAUGAGCCUCCUAUGGUGGGAGCUGAUUUAAUUGCUGGGAGCUUGAUAAAGAAUCCUGGUGGAACAAUUGCACCUUGUGGUGGGUAUGUUGCGGGGAAAAGAACAUGGGUCGAGGCUGCAGCAGCCCGUCUCUCUGCACCUGGUCUUGGGGUAGAUUGUGGAUCCAUGACUGGUGAUGUUAGGCGAGCACUUUUCCAGGGCUUGUUUCUUUCACCCCAAAUGGUUGGAGAAGCAAUAAAGGGGGGUUUACUCAUUGCAGAGGUUAUGUCAGUGAAAGGCUAUAAGGUCCAACCACUUCCGCGAGCACCUCGCCAUGAUACUGUGCAGGCGGUACAGCUUGGAGGGCGAGAGCGUCUGAUAUCUUUCUGUGAAGCUGUGCAAAGAAGUUGUCCUAUAGGAUCUUAUAUAAAGCCAAUUGCUGGUGUUACUCCUGGAUAUGCAUCAGAGGUAAUUUUUGCUGAUGGAACAUUUAUAGAUGGAAGUACAAGUGAGCUGUCAUGUGAUGGACCACUUAGGGAGCCAUUUGCAGUUUUCUGUCAGGGAGGGACUCACUGGACUCACUGGGCACUUGCUCUGGGAGAAGUUCUAAGGGUAAUAUAAUGGUGGCAUUGGAACAAGUUGAUCUUUCAAGUCGGUGACGGGGCAUUCCACAAGCGCUUCGUGAAGGAAGCUCGUUAACUCUAGUUGACUGACUAAUAAAGCAAUUAUUGUCCAAGCAUUUUUUACUCGGGGGAAAAGGGGUUGUUUUACUUGGAAGAACUGAAAGAUUUUGCUGCCAUCAGACAUGUCUUAGAUGUUAGUUAAUAUGACCCUGAUCGAGGAAUGGUAUUUUCGUAUUCAUAUCUUUCGGUUGAGAAGGCUUAAGUCUAAUGAAUUGGGUUUUGUUCCCAAAUAUUGUUCAUCACCCUAUGAUAUGUUUUUUUAUUUUUAUUUUUUCCGUAAAGGACAAGCUUAGGUUCUUGGGAUCAAUUUUUUUUUAUAAAAAAAUUAUUUGAUAAAGACUUAGACGGUUUAUCAAUA